CAAGAUGGCGCUCUCUCAGGCAGCACCGCGGACAGCUCCCCGCCGAACCGCCGCCGAACCCCGAGCUUGAUCGUCUUGAUGUCUCGCGCGCAGGCGGAACGUUCCGAACUCGGCCGCCGCGCUCGUGCGCGUCUUCUCUGGAUCUCCGCGCUGUUCCGAGAAAUGGACGCGCGCAUUGACGGGACGCCGGGUUCGGUUCCGAAAGGAGACGCUGAGCUGCGUUGAGAGCCUGUUUGGACCGGCGCUGAGGAUGACGAAGAUGAGGAAGAUGCUGCUGCCGCUGCUGCUGACGUGUGCCGCGCUUUGGGCCGACACCUCCGCCGUCGGCUCAGGAGGCGGAGCUCCGCCCACCGAGCCGUGGCAGUGGUCUUGGGGCGCGGCGCUCGUGUCCGUUGGCGGUCUGGUCAGCCUGGUGGUCCUCGUGCUGGGCUGCCUGUGCUGCAAGAGGACCAGGACCGGCUUCAAGGAGUUCCAGAACCUUCACGAUGGCGAGGAGAACCACGGCCACAUGUCCGCCUCGCCCGACGUCUACAUCCUGCCUCUCACCGAGGUGUCCCUGCCGGUCGCCAGGCAACCGCCUCCACCAGUCCAACUCAGGAAGUCCUCCAACGUGAGCCGCCAUAGUCUCCUCUACCUGAAGGAGAUCGGGAAUGGCUGGUUUGGGAAGGUUCUUCUGGGGGAGGUCAAUGAGAACCUGAGGAGCAGUCAGGUGGUGGUCAAGGAGCUGAAGUCCAGCGCCAGCGUCAAGGAGCAGAUGCGCUUCCUGGAAGAAGUACAACCUUACCGAGUCCUGCAGCACUCGUCUCUGCUGCAGUGCCUGGCCCAGUACACGGAGGUCACGCCCUACCUGCUGGUCAUGGAGUUUUGUCCCCUGGGCGAUGUGAAGGGUUACCUGCGCAGCAGCAGAUCUGCGGAGAGCGUCGUUCUGGAGCCGCUACUUCUCCAGCGAAUGGCGUGUGACGUCGCCUCGGGACUGCUGCACCUGCACAAACACAACUUCACUCACAGAGACCUGGCUUUGAGGAACUGCUUGCUGACCGCUGAUGUCACCGUGAAGAUUGGCGACUAUGGCUUGUCCCACACCAAGUACAAGGAUGACUACUUUGUGACUUGUGACCAGACAUACGUGCCUCUGCGCUGGAUCGCUCCUGAGCUGGUGGAUGAGGUGCACGGGAACCUGCUGGUGGCAGAGCAGACCCAACAGAGUAACAUCUGGUCUCUGGGAGUAACCAUCUGGGAAUUGUUGGAGCUGGGAAACCAGCCCUACAGCCACUACUCUGACCGCCAAGUUCUGGCCUACGCUGUGAGGGAGCAGCAGCUGCGACUCGCCAAACCGAUGCUCAACGUUCCUCUGGCGGAACGCUGGUACGAGGUGAUGCAGUUCUGCUGGCUUCCGCCUGAGCAGAGACCCAAUGCCGAGGAAGUCCACUUGCUGCUGAGCUACUUGUGUGCUAAGGGGGCCAAUGAAGCCAAGGAGGACUUUGAGAGGCGCUGGAACUCCAUGCGGCCCAGUGCCGGACACACGAUCCGUCAUGGUUCCCCAAUGGCAUUGGAGCAGCCGUCAUCCGCCGCCGCCUCGUUUCCUCUGUUGGACCAGUUCUCAUCCACUGACGGGUACCACACAGAGUCCGGGGAUGACGUCUUAACGGUCACCGAGACCAGCCACGGACUCAACUUUGAGUACAGGUGGGAGCACGCCAGAGCGGAGCAGACUUACAGAGAUCCGGACCCGUCAAGCGGACUCAGUCAACAAGAACCGUUUUAUCCACCGGUGGGAAUUGUGGGAGGCUGCCUCAAUCAUGAAGCUUCUCCUCCGUACUACCAAUCCCAACAUCUGCAUGCUCCCAGCGUACUUCCUGUCUUCAGCGGCCACAGCCCGUCGGUCAACAGCGAAUACUACAUCCGAAUCGAAGAACCAGUAGACUGUAACAUGAAACCGGAGUACACCAUGUGCUCCUACAGUCCGGAAUACCCGGGAAGCAGCGGCAGCUUCCUUACCGGGAGCGCGGACUCCGAUGAAUUCAUGGUGUGCCCAGGUCAGGCUAAGAACUUGGACCCCUACUGGUCAGCACAAGACAUCCACAAAGCCGACGUCUACGACUCAAACGAGUCAAGUCCCGCAAUCUCUUUGACAAUGGAGCCCCUUUUAGGGCGGGUGUCCGACAGCAGUCCUCUACGGCCGUGGGAGUCCAGUCACUACGUGUCCUACAAAGACCGGGAUGGAGGUUACUACUAUGAACACUCAUCUCCAGUAGCGAUGGACCACUAUCUCAUGGGGGACCAGCUGUCCAAUGAGCACCUUCAUGAAAGUUGGGGGUCAAGGAGCCUUCGCCAGGCAUUGGGCGAGUUGGAGACUCCAGUCGGAAUAACCGCCUCGUUUCCCAGUGCCCCCGAAGAGGCCUACACGGACUCAUACCUGGACACGACUCAGACCUCCAUUCUGGGUAAAACGGUAACAGGAGGCUACUACGACAUGAUGGGCUCCUUGAGGAAGACCAUGCCGAGCCACAGACACGACGUCCGCUCAGUGAACAUCGACUUGGAGACAGAAGGUGCGCUCUUCAUCGGGCGGCGGGAGAGCGAUUCCGAAGAGGAAGAGGACAUAUUCCUGGAGAGGCACACAUGCAACACUUGGCCUUCCAAGCAUCGCCACAGAAGCGCCGCUCAUCAAAGACGAUCGAGCCAGAGCUGCAGACAGGACGCCUACGUGGACUUCCAUUACACAAUGCCGAGCACGGACAUCGAAGAUUCCUGGCCCGAGGAACGUAGCCUGGCAUUCCAGAGUCUUCCCAGAACUGGCGGCUACCUGGAGCGCCACCAGGCUAAAGACAGCGGCUGUCUGAGCGGACAUCAUGUGACCGCACCCUCGGAAGGCUGUGACGCGUUCGUCUACUUGUGUCACCAGAUCGACCCCCAGGUGGCGCCGCCGCCUCGAGAGUGCUGCCACCCGCACUUUGUAGACCCGCUCACCGGUUUGCUGGUCAGCAACUACGGCUACGCUCGCGGCGACUACAUCAGCGACAAAGCCGUCGAUAUCCCGAGCAACGACGAGAUCAUCAACCUAUCUCCAGCACCUGGAGGUCCAGCUGUCCCCAAAGCCGCCUUCAUGAAGCCUGAAGGUGGAGAAAAAGAUCACAGAACCGAUGAAGCUCCUUCCAAGGACACCAAAGAAGAUGUCAUCAGAGAAGAUCUACCGGCGACAAAGUCUACAAGACUAGAAGACGUGACCCAAAGUUCUCCGCCCCCCGCAAGCAUCCAUGUGAUGAUGGUACUCACAGAUCCAGCAUCAGAGAAGAGCCAAACAGGAGACAGCGGCCUGGAUCGAGGCGGGUCCAGCAUGAGCCUCACGGACAUCCUGGACUGCAGCGACAACGAAGACGAUGACAUCACAGAUGACAUCACCGAUAUCACUUCAGGCAUCUUUCCAGAAGAUGCUUCUCCUGCCAUCAAGUCGCUACAGAAGCAGGUGGGAACGCCGGAUUCCAUGGAGUCCAUGGACCUACCUUCUGUAGCCGGGUCAUGUGAGGGCUCCAGCCCCGGGUGCCGCCCUUCCUGCUCCCCCAAAGCCAUGGACAGCGGCUAUGACACUGAGAACAACGAGAGCCCAGAGUUUGUCCUGAAAGAACCUCAUGAAUCCAGAGACCAGGCUGCACCGCAGCUAACCAGUCUGGAGGAGGACGAGGCAGGGGAGGGGGACAGGAUGUCACCAGAGGGGACAUCCUGUGACGACUGCCGGUCAUGUGACCACACCUUGCUGCCACUGAGUCAGGAAACGCCAUACAGGGACUCCGCCUACUUCUCCGACUACGAGAAUGAACGUCAGUCCAGGAAUGAGGAGGAGCAACCUCACUGUGAAGAAGAAGAAGAAUACGAAGAACCGAAUGAAACAGAGACAAGUCAAGGAGAAGAACAUGAAGAACGUUCUUGUCCAGCACAAAAUGGAAGAAACGAAACAGAAACCUGCGACCACGAUGACUUGUUGGAUGCUUCAGGUGGUCUGGACGAGUGGCCGUCCCAGGACGAGAGCUCAUCUCUUGGAGAUUGGGCCGCCGAGGUGGUUGGAGCCAUGGAGGAGGCUCUUGAUGCCCUCAACGAGCAACCUAAGGAGGAGGAAGAUGAGAACGAAGGAGACCACUCCUGUCAAACUUCUGAAAAACCACCAGGAACGGAGGUCCUGAACAUCUUACCCAAAGACGAGGUGGCGUUGCAGCAGGCGGCCAUCACGAGAAGGUUAUCUUCGUCUUCUUCUCCGCCUCCAACUCCUUCAGAUGAUGAUGAGGCGCUCAAGGAGGACGCCGACUCUGACGACAGCGACGAGUCAGACGAGGAGCUGCGGCCCUACAGCGUCCAGGAGGAAGAGGAGAGCGAAGAAGAAUCCCACGUGGUGCCCGUGGUGGUGAGCGAUGAUAGCCACGCCCAUAAACUACGAGGUCUUCUCAAAACGCCGACGCUGCUCAAUCUCCAGGAGGAACUGGAACGCAAGAAGAGGACGGUGUCCUUCUUUGAUGAUGUCACGGUCUACCUGUUUGAUCAGGAGAGUCCCACUAAAGAUCUGGCUGCGCACGGAUUCCCGCUGGCCGCAGAAGAUCGCAUCAAAUCUCCUGAAAGGGUCUCAGAUGAUUCAUCAGAUGGGAACAUCUCCGAGGAGAGUGCAGGCUUGGAGUGGGAGGACGACUUCCCGCUGCUUCCGCUGCCGACGUCGUCGGCCGGCUCGGAUUCGCCCGCCCGCGCCGCCGCCGCCCCUGCCAAAGCUCAGGAGACCAAGCCGGAGGUGCAGUUUUCUCGCUUCACCGUCUCCCGCUUCUCCAUCACGCACGUUUCUGACUCAGACGUGGACUCUGUGGGAGGAAGCAGUGAGGACGGAGACAAGGAGUGAAGGACAUUUUCUUGUCCCAAUGACAGGAUCGUUACCUCUGGUGGACAUGUGACCACAAAGUGGGAGUGGCCUGGACAUAAGCUUCAUGUAUAGAAAUAGUAUUCUAUUUAUUGUGAUUAUUUUUACUCUGCAGGGAUUCACUUGAUGCGGAAGAAGACCUGAAGGACAAAAACUGGUUUUUAGAAGACCGAGAAGGAAGGACACAAAGAGAUCUACGAGAUCUUGAACCAUUUAGUAAGGCGGUACUACAAUUUACUGAAAUAAAGUACAACCUAAUAGGU